CAGCCAAAUCCUAGGUGCCCUGAAUGACUCAGAAGUGAAUGUCUACAGGCUGGUGGACUUGGCUCCAUUGGCCCCGACAGACCGGACAAUGCUGAACCUCCCUGAUCCUUUCCCAACGGUGGAUGUACCAACCCAUGCUCACUAUACCAUUGGGGUUGUCAUUCUUGUAGUGGGAAUCACAGGAACUUUUGGUAACCUCCUAGUCAUCUAUGCUUUUUUCAGGAUUCGAGGUCUUCGCACUCCCGCCAACAUGUUCAUUAUCAAUCUGGCUGUCAGUGAUUUUCUAAUGGCCAUCACUCAGUGUCCAGUUUUCUUCACCAACAGUCUCAACAAACGGUGGAUAUUUGGGGCAAAAGGCUGUGAGCUGUACGCAUUCUGUGGAGCCCUUUUUGGCAUUGCUUCCAUGAUCACCUUAACAGUGAUAGCCCUGGACAGGUAUUUUGUGAUUACGCGACCCCUCGCCUCCAUCGGAGCAAUGUCUACAAAGAAAGCCUUGCUAAUCCUGUCAGGAGUCUGGCUGUAUUCCCUAGCUUGGAGUCUCCCGCCUUUCUUUGGAUGGAGCGCUUAUGUUCCAGAGGGCCUCUUGACCUCCUGUUCCUGGGAUUAUAUCACCUUCACCCCAUCAGUCCGUGCCUACACAAUGCUCCUUUUCUGCUUUGUAUUCUUCAUUCCCUUAAUUGCCAUCAUAUACAGUUAUGUGUUCAUUUUCAGAGCCAUCAAGAAUUCAAACAGGGCUGUUCAAAGGACCAAUUCAGACAACAGUAAAGAAGGUCAAAAACUCUACCAGAAGCUGAAGAAUGAGUGGAAAAUGGCCAAAGUAGCCUUGAUUGUCAUCUUGCUUUAUGUCAUCUCCUGGUCUCCGUAUUCUGUGGUAGCCUUGGUUGCUUUUGCAGGAUACUCCCAUCUCCUCACACCAUACAUGAACUCAGUCCCUGCAGUGAUUGCCAAGGCUUCUGUUAUCCACAACCCAAUCAUUUAUGCCAUUGCUCAUCCCAAAUACAGAAUGGCGAUUGCAAAGUUUCUUCCAUGCCUUGGAUCUCUGCUAAGAGUUCCCCGCAAGGACUCCAGCUACCCCUCCACCAGACGUCCCACUGUCACCAGCCAGUCCUCUGAUAUAAAUGGAGUGCCAAGAGGACACCGGAGGUUAUCCUCUGUCUCAGACAGUGAAUCUGAUUGGACUGACACAGAAGCCGAUAUCAGUAGCCAGAAUUCCAGAGUCGCCAAUGGGUCAGUUUCCUACAGAAUAUAUGAAGACACGACUGAAACCAUCAAGGCCAAAUCUAAACUGAGAAGCCACGAUUCUGGGAUUUUUGAAAGGACUUCCGUGGAUGCCGAUGACAUUUCUAUGGUAGAGACAGGUGAAGAUCUGAAUGCCUUUGGAUGGAGAAGGGAAGAGACUUAUUCCAGGCCAUCUACUUCAAGCCAGAUCCCCAGCAUCAUUGUGACUUUCAGCAAUGUCCAGAGAACAGACCUGCCUUUGGAGUCCAGCUCUGGUGCCUUGUGCUCCAGGAACAGUGGUUAUAGCUGGGAAAAGGAUUCCAACAGCCGCCUUGAAUGGUUGUGCCAUGCUAGUGCCUUAGCUCCUACCUCUGAAAGAAAUAUGUGUCAGCUCAGCGUAGAAGAUCUUGAAAGACAGGUUUAAACUGAGCAGCUACAUGACAGGAUGGGAAAGGAACAGUUUCUUUUCUUCUAAACAUUCAAAGCCUGUUCUGUGAUGCUGUGAAGAGUCAAAGGAGCUAAUGCUCAGUCUUUUUAUGGCACUGUAGUUUGCUAUCUUGGUGAUUAUUCUGCUAUUACCUUCCAUUCAAGGAGGACAAUACAAUUCAUUAAACUGUGUGAGACUCUACGCAGAGGCGCCUGGAAGUGUAGGCAACCAAAAUUCCACUUCUCAUGACCUCAACAACGUCACCCUCCAUGCAUUUGUGGCAUUCUCCUGUAUCUAGAUUCCCAUCUUGCAGUGUGAUCAGCAAUAUGGGGUGUGGCAUCAGUAUCC